AUGCUGAUGCUGCUAUUCUCUGUUGUUAGCUUGCUGAACUGGUUGGAGAACCAUUCCUGGUCGUUUCCCCUGUCGCUUCUGUUUCUGCUCAUUUCUACACUUUUCUUUGUAUUGUGGAGAGUCUUUGAAGAGUGCGUGGCAAUCAACAUCCUAUGGGAGAACGACAAUCGGGUACUAUCCGUGGCCACACUCGAGGCGAUGCGCUCGGCAUGCAGCUCCAAAGACCCCCGGACUAUGGAACGACAUGCGUCUCUGCUUCGAGCGAUGCAGAACAAAGUCGCGGUCGUCGAUAACCGACAGGAGCUGUUCGGAUUAGUGGUCACCCGAAGCCUGCGAAAUGGCUGGGUGCUCACAGCCUCGACUUUGAUGUUGUCUUUUGCAUUGCAGAUCACAGAGCCUCUGAUUCUGAAUGGCCUUCUUCGACAUCAUCUUGAGGGAUUGCUGGACCUCAUCGACGGCAUGUUCAACAACGCUGCUGUGGAGUGA